UGACAGACUCACUCAACCUCGUCUAAUGUAGACAACCUUUCAUUGUUGCAAUCCUACCUGGUCAUCUUUCUGUCUGAGGCCCCUCAUCAAGAAUCGAUUUAUCUUAUAGGACGUCCCUUUUGCAUUGACCACACCCUCACUGUCCGAUUGAUCGAGGUGCUCGUGAAUCCCGACUCCCGACUCCCGACUCCAGAAUCCUUCAACCACUCUGACAAUCAUGGAUCCGCGCGUGAAAUCCUUGAAGAUCAAAACGGGCGUGGUGAAGCGCUGCGGCAAGGAGAAGCUCAGUUACCGCCAAGAGGCCGAUCAGCAAAAGGACAAAGUCGAGCAGAUGAAGAAAGAAGGCCGCGACGACGCCGAGGUCAAGAAGAUGAUUGAGGUCAUGCAGGAGAGUCUCAUGAUGAUCCCGGAUUGCCACCGGCGAUUGGAAAAGGCCUACGCCGAACUGCAGGCCUUGGUACAGGGCGAAAUGAAAGACCUGACCGAAACCGAGGAGUAUCGGUCCGCCCAACAGGUCUUGACCGAGGCCGAAGAGCAACUCAAAGUGGCCUAGAAUGAACGACAUGGCCUUUCUUCGUGGGCUUUUAAAAUUUUGGCCACGUGUCUUAACCGCAUUUUAAUUCAUCGCGCUUAACUCUGUUUUCAACAUGUAACCGUACUUCCGAUUGAAGGGCACACCCGCGCAGCCCGCUUCUCCGAGAUCGAUAUUAAUCAAACACAUUGACCAUCUACAUCACAAUGGGGGGUUGAUUUAUUUCGGGCACCAUUAAAAAAUCACUGAAGUGGCCAUGGAGUAAACCCUCCACUUAACGCAUUAUCUUUCGGUAACAAAAUAAAAAAAAGCUAACAAUUAAAGAUAUCGAUUGUGUGUGUGUGUGUGCACGUAUCAAAGGCCGAUAAACCACCAUCCCAGGGAGGUCGUCGUUCCCACCGUGAUCUCGGUAUCAGAUCGACAUGCUGGCCGCGGGAGGUCGGGUUUUCAAGUAGACAAAUACCACCAGGAACAAAAAGGCCACCCCCAGGAUGGGCAAGGCCACUGUGAAAGCCUUUUCUUUAUUCUCCUGGAAUUCCUUCUUCCGUUCCUUUUUCUCCC